AUGACACUUAUUAUGGAACGUAAAAUUAAACUAAUAUUAUUUAUUAAAAUUGCUCUGUUUAUCCUUUUAAGAUGGAUAUGUUAUUUUAACAAUGAUGCAAGUAUGUUUAAGAAAUCAUUUAAUAGGUACUUCGACCUUGAUAGAAAAACAAAUACAAAAAAUUAUCGAUUACUAGCAAAAAAUAAACGGCUUAAUAAUUCAAAUAAUUUAGAGAUAAUAUAUGAUAUAUCUAAUAAUGUAGGAUGCAAAAAAAUAAGUUUAACUAAUAAUGAAAGAGGUGAUAAAGAAAAAAAAAAACAAUCUAAUAGAUGCUUAUUAAAUAAAGCGCAAUACUAUACGGAAUAUAUUGAUUAUAGUAAUGGAAUGUUUGAUGGAAAACAUUUCCAUUUUGAAAAAAAAUGGAUUAAAAAAAAAGAUUAUGAUAAUUUUCUUGAAAAAAAAAGAAGAAUUGGUGGUAUAGCUUUAAAAAAAAUUAAAUUGAAAAAUUACGGAUUUGGAAUUGCUUUAUUUUUUAUUUUUUUUCUUAUGGGAAUAGUAUUACCAAUAAAACGGGGAUUGGAAUUGUCCGUAAAAAAUUUAGAUUCACAACGAUAUGAAACAGAUAAAGCUAUUAUAGUUUUUGUAAAAAAUAUAACAAGUUUAGAAGAAGGACAAAUCUAUCUAAUAUUAUUUGCAGUAGUUUUCAUUAUAUUAGGAAUUAUCCUUAUAAUAGCGAUUUAUAAAAUCUUAAGAAAUAAUGAAAAAUAUAAUAAAAUUAAGUUAAUGACAGAGCAAAACGAAUAA